AUGGCUAGAAGUAGUAAUAAUAAGGUUUUGAAUAAUGCACAGGGUUCCAUGCUGAACAACCUGCUUAAAUCUUGGCAACUGAUUAUUAAGAGCAUCAACGUACCAGACAUUAUAAAAGUCAGUAAUGAUUACAUUAUUCUCGACUGCGAUUACGAUCUCGAGAAUACAUCGAGCAAGGGCCUCGUCAUCAAAUGGUUCUUCAAUACCAACCGAGUAGUUUACCAGUGGAUCUAUGGUAGACACCCAUUAGCAGUUGAAACCGGCUGCGAAAUAUGUCGAUUGACAUACAAAGCCAGCGAUGACCCAUAUACUGAGUACCGAGCUAUGAAAUUGAAUAAACCAGGCAUCGAUCUUACUGGCGAGUACACAUGUGUUAUAUCUACAUUCGAAGAUGAACGAACGGCAAAUGCAUCAAUGAUAGUGUACU